AUGUCAGGUGAGACGGAUCAUGCUUGUACCUCGAGGAUACAGGGCCUCCUUCUUGAAGUUGCUGACAUCUUCUUUCUCCUCCUCAGCACGCGGUAGACGCGAAGGAGGCCGCGGGGCCUACUAUAAGGCCAGAUAUGGCGGUGGAGGCAGAGGCAGAGGCAGAGGCGGACAAGACGGCCAUGCCUCCGAUUCUGCGUCGAUCCAAGCCGCGCCGGAGCGUCAGCAGUCGGCCACAGCUCCGCCAAAAGGCGAUUGGAACCGACUGCGGAGCGACCUGGAGAACAUGAACGGCAGCCAGUACGGUAUGGUUUGGAGCUUCUCACACUCCCCUCUCCUCCAGUCUUCUCCACGCUUCUACAGGAGCUGCGUGCUCUUGCAGACCUCCUAACAGAUGUCGCAGGGUUCUACAAACAGCUUCUGGGCAAGUACAGCCACACCGCUCCCAACUUCAUACUCAGUGUAGACCACGUUCAGGGCGAUCCCUAUGCUUCUCCUUCCAAGGUGCGUUCUAUUGUGCCCUGGGCGGAGACAGGCUUUCCGAAAGAGUAUCACCAGUCGCACAUCCGACGGACUGCUCUCUGCGACUUCGUCUCUCGUGUGGCAGGAUCUCUCAUCCAGGCCAAGCAUCUCGACCGCAAUGUCGGCAAUGCAAACGGAGGUUGGUCUGGCCCCAAGGGCGGCGCCUUCUCCAUCAACAUGCCUGGACAAGAGAUCCUGCCGCGGACUUCUGCCUUGAUCUCUGGGACCGAUUCCAUCGAACUGCGCUUCACGGUAUCUCUACCAGCUGCGGGACGAACAAUCCUCGGAGAGCAGGCGUAUAAGAUCUUGGCUGUGAAUUUGGUUGAAAUCGUAAAGCAGUCUUUGCUGCAUGUAAGCCUUGAUCAGCGCAAGCUUCAAGAACACAUCGCCUCUGCUGAAGCUCAGGAGUCGCUUCGUCUGCAGCUGCAAGACAAUGGGCUGCUCGCUUUCAUUGCCAAUGGCUCAGUCCUACCCAGAGCUUCUGGUGCUUCCCAAGCUCCAAUGACCGGCCAUGGUCUUGUUUCCUUCAAGUCACCCAAAGAACUUGAAGUCUCUCUCAUUUCGGUCAAUGGAAGAUCGUACACGGGCAUGGGCAUUCCAAGAGGAGUCAUCCUGCUCACUGGUGGCGGCUUCCAUGGCAAGUCUACGCUCCUCGAGGCGUUAGAGCUCGGCAUUUACAACCACAUUCCAGGCGAUGGCAGGGAAGGCGUCGUCACUGAUCCGACCGCGUUCAAGAUCAGAGCAGAAGAUGGACGCAACGUAUCGAAGACCGACAUCAGCCCAUUCAUCUCGAAGCUACCUGGGGGCAAAGGCACUACCGACUUCUCGACCGAAGACGCGAGUGGUUCUACUUCCAUGUCUGCGAACAUCCAAGAGGCGCUUGAGGCAGGCUGCAGGACACUACUGAUUGACGAAGACUCGUCCGCUACCAACUUGCUCGUCCGAGACGCUCGCAUGCAGGCAUUGAUCCAAAAUGAGCCAAUCACUCCCCUGAUCAGCAAGGCUCGCGCGCUAUUCAAUGAGAGAGGCGCCAGUACUGUGAUAGUAAUCGGCGGUUUGGGAGACUGGCUGUCUGUCGCCGACUGUAUCAUCGCCAUGGACUCGUACGUCCCUCGCGACAUCACACAGCAGGCCAAGGAGAUCUCGAAUCAAUUUCCAAGCAGCGUCAACCAAGACAGGGCUUACGGCUCCAUCCCCAAGCGGCGCUUUCGUGUUGAUUUUGAGGGCUUGAGGACUCCCUACGCUUCUCGCAAAAAGUUCAUCACGUUGAAGCCCGAGCAAAGGGAUGCCGUCGAUGAUCCAUCGCGGGCUGAAAGCGGCAUUGACGUCGGCAGCAUCGAUCAGAUUGUAGAGAAGGGACAGUCCCAAAUGAUCGCCACGCUCCUCCAACGCGCUUCCCGCUUGACUGGAGCGCAGGCCCUCACACUCCAAGAAAUGCUUGAGGGACUUGAGGACGUUGUCGGGAUCGAAGGAGGUCUACCAACCUCGCUCGUGGGCGGUGACCUGGUAGCGAUUCGACCACUCGAGCUCGGCGCAGCACUAUCGCGAGUCCGCGGGCUCGCUUUGCGCGUUGAUGAGGCCUGA